AUGGCUUCCCCGUCGGUCCCUUCUAUCAAGUCCCAUAUAUCUUGUUGCGACAACAGUAGCCUAUAUGUCUACACCUCGCGCGUCAUUCCAGAGCUCGCUCUUCUAGGCUGCACAGAUAUUGCAGGACGUCUGCUAAGCAGACUCAACGACUAUGACUUCUACCACGACAGCUUCCCAUGCCGGAAAUUGAUAGAUCUUUGGUAUCUUUGGGAUCUGCGUGCGAAAGACGAUGGGGUGCCGUGGCCCGAAGGCGAAGAAGAGAAGGUACGACGGGCUGUGAGGGAAAGGCGAGCCAAGGAGAGAAGCAGCGAUGCUGGCACGGAGGAAAAUGGUAGCACGGUCACCCUGGAUGAUAUACAGAGAGAACUGAAGCUUCGAACGACUGAGUCCGACCGCCCACCCACCACCACUCGGAUGCUUAUUGAUGCGCGAGACAUCAUCCAGGGCUUUGAGACCGCAGGUUCAACACCCGAGAUCAGCAAAAUGAGGAGUGGCUUGGUCGAAGCACUAGAAUUGGUGGUAUCAGCUGAAGCCCAUCAUAAGAAGCACAGCGCGGGCGGAGUACGAAACUCGCGUGGAGCUCCAACAUCUGAGGAGCUAUUACGAUGGCUAGCGCACAGUUUAGGGGAAAUGUACCAUGAAAACCUCACGAUAUUUGGAUCGAGACAAGCCUGGAAACUAUACAAAAGCGGCGCACUAAGACAACAGCUCAACGUCGAUGAAGCAGCGCUCACAUCCUUCGCGAACGACUUCGAGAUUGCUUUGACCGAGCGACUCACGAAUGGUCGUAGCAGACCAUCAGCGAAGAUGUCCGUACCAGAACUCUUGGAGGUCGCAGAACACGUUACCCAAGCUGUGAAAACCAAUCCCAACGUUCAAGAGUUCUACGCUCAUGUCACCGACACCUCCCUCUUCAGCUCCCCCGCAACAGAAGCGCAGAUCGCAGAAGCCGAGGCCCAGCUGGGUAUUACUCUCCCAUCCGACUAUACCACCUUCCUUCGCAUCAGUAACGGUACGAUUGGGCACAUAUGGGACCAUUCCUUUUGCGGCUACCAACCACUUCUCCACCCAGUUGACAAACUGCGAUGGCUGGACCUAGUCGAAGAAGAUUACUUCACCGGUCUGUCGCUUGAUAUGCCCGCUCGAUGGGAUAAAUGGUCUUUCGCUCCUCCUCCCACCGCGAUAGGCUAUGGUGGUGACUCGCUCGAGCACUUCAUCAUUGGCCGUGCAUUAGAGGUCGGCACCGAGGAUAUCGAUAACGUUUGGCUUCUUCCGCCAUCCACAGUUACACCGAUCAAAGAGGCCGUUAAGAAGAUACUGGAAGAUGAGGACCUGGACGAACUAGAUAAGAAUAGCGUAAGAACGGCAGUGAGAGAUUUCGUCGGGAGUGAAGAGGACUGGGAGAAGGUGGAAUGGGCGUGUGUUACUUGGGCUAGUGGCGGCACGGCGGCUAUGUUUGUUUAUCCGGGGUUUAAGGCGUACCUCGAGAGUGUGGUGGGAAGUGGAGGACUUACUGUGCACAUCAAAGAUGAGGGCGAGGAUGAGGGGAGGAAGAUGUUGACGAGUGGGAGGUGGUUAGGGAGUUUGUUCGGGAAUGUUGGAGGGGGAGAGGAACAGGAGGAAGUGCCGAAAUGGUUGAGAGAUGCGGUUGAAGCUGCGAAGCUACCUAGAAGAUCAAAUUUAGCUAAUCCGGUAUAA